ACAUCUUCAGACAAACACUGAAACACACAUGAGUUGAGUUGAGCUUCAUUUCAAUCUUAUUUAAAAUACAAAAAGUAUAUAGAUAUACAUAUAUAUCUAUAUAUCUACAUCUAUAAAAAUAUAUCAUAGAUAUAGAUAUAUGGCUACAUCGGCGUUCAAAUCAACAACUAAAAGAACAUCUUCAAUAGAUGAAUCAGCCACGUCAUCAUCAUCUUCUAGCUCUAAUACUACUUCGAAAACUCACCACCGCCGGUCGAGAAGCCUCAGCCGGUUUUCUCGGCCGGUGGUGGCGCCGGAAGAACAACUACUAAUUGUACCUACACCUAGACGUAAGUUUGUUAAUACAGUUAGAGGUUCCGAAAUUUCAGAUGAAAUUAGUUUAGAUGAUUUAGCCCUAGAAUUUUUCAAUUCCAGUAUUGAUAAUGAUAUUAUUAAUAAUAAAAAAAAUAAUAGUUUUGAUGAUGAUGAAGUUAGUGAUACGAAUACGACGUCGUUUUCGAGACGUUCUAGGUCGGUUUCUAGGAAUAACUUGAGUAGUGGUGAUAGUACGAAUAAUGUUUCGAGUUCUGUUCAAAGGCGAGGGAGGUCGGUUUCAAGACGGAAUGAUAGUAGUAGUGUGUCUACGGCAGGUGGUGGUGGUGUAGGUAGGGUUGUUACGAAUAGUGAAUCGAGAAGGAGGCGGUCUGUAUCUGUUGCCAGGCAUCAUAUUAGCGACUCUGAGAGUGAUAUAGAUCUUUCCAGAAAUGCUGCUAGUCAAUCCACAUCAAGGGGCCUCAAUAAUGGAAAUAGCCGGGUUGCUUCUUUUCAAAGACCCACUGUUUCAAGCCAUCGAAGACUGACCAGGUCUACGAGCCAAGCACCUCAACCAAGGUCACAUGAUAACUAUCCGAGUGAUAUAGAUCUUUCACGGAGUGCUGCUAGUCAAUCUAAAUCUAGGAGCAUCAAUAAUGUUGAUAACCGGGUUGCUUCUUUACAAAGACCCACUGCUUCAAGUCGCCGAAGACUGACCAGGUCUAUGAGCCAAGCACCUCAGUUGAGGUCACAUGAUGACUAUUCGAAUAUGGUAUCCCAGAGCCAGUCUUCAGCACUAACGGAUGAUGAUUUGAGGGAUGCUCGUUAUGGGAGAAAUGAGAUUGAGAAGACUAUCCGAGCAGUGUAUGCACAAAAAAAGAUUGACCAUCCUAUUGGUGAUGGGGCCAACAAUGGGCUUUUUGAAGCAAUGAAAAAAGAGCUUAGGUCUGCUGUCAAUGACAUCAUGAUAGAACUCGAACAGACCAUGGAAAGAAAGCCUUCUGCAUUAUCUGUCCAUGAUCUCUUGUAUUCAAACAAAUCUGAUGCUAUACGAAAGAACAGUACAACAAAGGUAAAACAGCCGGAGAAACGUAAUCAAGAUUUAUUAACUGAAAGGACAUUUGAGGAGCAACGAGGUCAGGACGGCUACAAAAUUGUUAGGGAGGUGCUUCCUGAAUCAAAAAACAAUGCUAAUGCACAAAAGUUCCCAUACUCCCGAAAGAGGAGUAAUGACCGGAACAGAGUGUCUAAACGAUUAAAUGAAGAGGCAGAAAGAUAUUUUGAAGACUUCUUAUCAAAUAUUGAAGAUACAGAUUUUUCUUCAUUUGACGGAGAAAGAAGUGACACGAGUUCAAGUUUUGCUGGAACUACCAGACAAAGAGAUGGUGCAUUACCAAGCCAUAAUGGAAGUUCUCUUCCUGUGGAAAUGGAGGGCGUUAAGUUACCUUGGUUGAAGUGGGAUGGCAAUGACCGUGUUACUCAGACAAAUCAGGAUACAAUGCUACCUCCUACGACUCCAAAAAUAAGACUGUGGGAUCCAAUUCAGGAUCUGGAAUUGAUCCAAGAAAAUGGCAAUGGAUCCAGCAGCAGCCAUGGAAGUUGGAACCCUGAACAAACAACUGCGAAUUCAACAAAUGCAAGAGCAAGCAAAUUGAGAGAAACCAUAAGCCCGCAAUUUGACAUGGGCAAGUAUUUGGAGUUGGAGAGGAAUGAAGAGCUUUUAUUCGAUUGUUGGCGGGAAAGAAACAUAAUUAGGUCUGGUGGUCUUUUGCUUUGUGGUGGUGUAGUUGCCCCACUGAAAUCUUAUUUGCAUUUGUAGCGCUAGGUUGUAUCUUCCAUCAGUGUAGUUUAUUUAUUAACCUGGCUUUGUUUCUUUAUUGCUUUUGUUUUUAACUUGUUUCCAUUCAUGUUGAAUGAUACUGACGAUUGACUUAUUAUUGAAGAAAAGAAAGCUAACUUCUAGUUUAA